UCACUUUUCAUAUUUUUAAAUUUCCCACCGGUUACGUCCCAACGUCGCAGGGAACGGAACCCGGAAGACAGAUGCCGGCAUCGGCCGGAGGACAUUACAGCGGACACUGCAGGAGGGACAUCGCGGGAGCGCAGGACAAGGUAAGUGAAGAAGAGAUCCCGGGGCAACGCUGCACGGUAUUCCCGAGUGUAGCUCUGGGUUACCGCUUGUGGUACUGAAACUUUACCCCGAGCUACACUCGGGAAUACCUCCAGGGAGGUUAAAG